UGGACGCCAUGUUCGAGAGAAUCCAGAGGAGGUACAGGGAAGCCAGCGUGAACCCGCUCGAGGUGGUGAAUGUGGACAGGGACUGCUGUGGCCCCAAUUAUGUGGGGAAGAAGUUCCCGUCCUGGAGUGCGACCCAGGUCAGACUGGACAUCUGGCAUUUCAUGCGUCGUAUCUCCAGCGCCUGCACCACCGAGUCCCACGCCCUCUACCCCUUGUUCAUGGGACGACUGUCCGGCUGCAUCUUCCAGUGGAGUGAGGAGGACCUUACAGCCCUGAAGGAGGCCAAGGAGACCCAGGCCAACAGCGCGGGAGUGACUGUUCGGGGGAAGGAACGGGAUUGGUUGUCCAAGAAGGAGCUCGGCCUGCACUGCAGAAGGACCACCAGGAGCCCCGUCGAGAUAAGUCAGAGGAUCGAGGAGCUGCUCGACGUCUUCUCCGGGGAGCAGGGCCGAGACAUGCUGGGGACGCCACUCCUAGACGAGGACAAGGCCAGGGAUGUGUGGGAGAGUCAGAAGCGGCACGUGGGAUGCAUACAGGACCCACCCAACGUCUCCCUGUACACCCAGACAGGGACCCUGAGGAAGGGCACCAAGACCCUGUCCACGUACCGCUGUGCCAGAGGUUCCAUCUCCCUGGAAUCCUUCCACCUGCACCUGAACAGGUUCAUUCCCGGUACCAGUGCUAGCGACGUCAACUACCAGGCGUUUCUCUUGGAGGGGCUCUACAGGUGGAACCAGGACAGGGCUUCUCAGGCCGUGGAAGUGGAGGCUCCGCUGUGUCACACGUACAGCGGACUUCUACGCCACGCUGUCAACCACUUGGCACAGACUGUCUUGGGGAACCCUUUAGACCCCGCCUUCCAUCAACCCAGGGCCUACACGGGGGAGCUGAUCAGAGUCGAGUACUUGUACUCCCAGACGGGCAAGUCACUUCAGGUCGUUCCCGAGGAAGUGCGAGAGGAGGACGCCACACCCGAGGAAGAGGACCAGGACCACGACGAGGGAUUUGAGGAGGAAGAGGCAGAGGACGACCCCACCAUUCCGGAUGCCGACGUCCAGGGUGCAGCUGUGAGGCCGACCGGGAAGCCCUUGGCCAGCGCCGACCGACCACCAUCCAGCACGGCAAGGCCCCCAUCCAGCCCUAGGGUUGUCAGGCAACGCAGUGCUGUCAGGUCACCGGCCCAUGCCGAAGGGUCUACCAAGAGGCCGACACCGGCUGUCACCCUGGAUACCCAGCCGCCCACCCAGGACCCACCGACCCAGGAACCAACAGCCCAGGACCCACCGACCCAGGACCCACUAGCCCAGGAAGAGGAGACAGAAGAGGAACAGCUGCCGGAUCCAGCGUCUGGUAUGCGGCAGGUGCACGACCUGGCUGACUUCCUGUUGCAGCUCAGGGAGUGCAGGACCUUGACCCGGACCCAGCAGGAUCAGCUCAUCUCCUUGUGGGAGAAGCUAGAGCCCCGGGACCAGAGACCAGCUGUUUUCCAGGCCAGGACCAAGUCUUCUCCACCCAAAGGAAGGUUUAUGUCCUCAAAGACAGCCAAAUCACCUACGAAAGCUGGUGUGGAGAAGACUAAGAGGUCCUUCGUGGGAACAGGAAGUGGGCCAGCCAGCUAUCCAGAUACCAACCGGUAUAUGGAGAUGCUGGUGAGGAGGCUGAUGGAGGUGCACACCGGCCCAGUCAGGCGACCCAAUCAACAGAGUGACAGACCCUGUCCAGAUGGAGCCUCGGACAACAGAAGACAGAAGAAGAGGGAGGAACGGGUGCUGUCACAGGGAAUUGAGAUCUCGGAUCCCCCUAUGACAGCCCCUCAGCCCCUACCCGCCGCCUUGACGAAGCCCGCCACCCUUGUGACCUCCAUUGCCCUGGCCCACAGAUACCGUCUCCCACCCAACACAGACGGCCAGUCCCGCGUCCGGAUCAGGUCCCCACCCAGGAUGAACUCGCCCCCUAGGAUUGCUGCCCCUGCCAGGAUCAUGGCCCGGCCAGUUCUACCACCUGCCCCAGUCCCAAUACGAUACUUGAUCGCCCUGCCCCCCCCAGGUGCCAGGGACUCAGCCCACCUACCAGCAGCCUGA